UAUAAACUGGAAAAAUAAACUAAGGGCAGGUCUUCUGCCCUGCUGCUCUUGUUGCACCCAGAUCUGUGUCCCCAGUCUGUGUUCCUGGUUGGGCCUCCACGGUGAUAACUGGCGCCUAUACGUGGUCAAGUUGCAAGCUAGUGAGGAAAGAAAAAAGAAGAAAGAAAAAAAAUCUGCCUUCUACAGCUGCAAAAAGAAGAAACCCACGAUGUUCUCAGAGGAACGAUUGAUGAUGGAACUGCUCCACUCCUUUUUGUUGUCCUGUGACGCUGACUUAACCAGGAAACACGUGAGAGAACAAUUUAGCUGGGGAAAGAAACUUGGAAUUUUUUAUACUGCUGAAAAGGCACUUUAUAUUGGCCCAUGGAGAACCCUGGGAAAAAGCCUUUUCUCUGCCGUCCUUGACGGAAACUCUAAGGCAGGCACUCUUUUACGGGCAUGGACAACAGUCUUCCCACUUCUAAAAGAGGCUGGAGAGGACUUUGAAGUUGAUUCUGGGCUUUCGACAGGAAGCAGGACUGGCUCCCCUGUGAGCUCCGUCGCUUCUGACGAGGAUUGCUCUGAUGCAGGGUUAGAGCCGAUGCAGGAGACCCCCACCCCCGUGUCGGGGGUUGGGCGCGCCCAGCGGGGUUUUUGGAAGGGCGGGAAAGCUUUUUUCGGUCCGCUCCCCGCGCGGUUUGCCGGGCGGGGAGCUGGGGUGCCGAGGGGGCGGAGCGCUCGGCCUCGGGUCCCACGCCGAGCCCGGGGGAUCGUCCGCGCCGCCCCGGGCCGCCGUGCCACGGCGACCCCCCCGCUGCCCGCCACCGCUGCGGGGUCCGCCCUGCAGCUGCUGCGCGGAGCCGCGCCGCCUCGGGCCCCCUGCGGGGAGCCGGGGGGGCCGCCGUGCACGCCGCCCCCGGCGCUGCCGGCGCCGCCCCCUGCCGCCGCCUCCCCGGCCCGCCCCGCCCCGCCGCGACCUGCUCCGCGCAGGAUUCGGCAGGCGAGCCCGGCGGGGACGGCCCCUCCUUGCCCCGUCCCCCCGCCGCGCCAAAUGCUGUGCGCGGGGUCGCCGCCGCCGCCCACCGCGCCGCGCCCCGCCCCACGCGUCCGGUGCCGGUCCGGCGCCGCGGGGGGAGGGCUGGGCGCAACGCUGCCCGCUGCUGCGGGGCCACCCGCGCUGGACAGCCCCCCCGCGCCGCCGCGCGGCCCCGCCGCAUGCCCCCUCCGUUCAGAGGGGACGGGGCCGAGCGCUGGAGCCGCAGAGCUGCUGCCGGCUCUGGCCCCGGCCACCGACCCAUCGGCUGAUGGAACAGGAGCUGAAAGCUGUGGCCGAUCGGCCACGCCUCCCUGCCCAGCGCGACAAUCGCCCCCCCGCUCAGAGAGGAGUCUGAGCGAGUCACUGUCCCCCGCCCACCCCCCCUACGGGGCCGGGUCGGCUGUGGGAGAUGAUAACGGGGCAAAAGCGUUGUCUGAUGUGCACGCUUUCCCUGUCGUGAAAUCGGAUGAGGCUUUUAGUCCGGCAUCCCAGGUGAACCAGGCUGCUGACCUAAGAGAGCUGCUGCCUGAAGAUGCAGCUUUGCCCGAGCCAGUUCAGGGAGCUGUGGACGUGGGUCCACAGCAUCAUAGCCAUGAUGACCCAUCAUGGGCAGUCCCGCUUCCCUUAUCAAGGGACGUGGCAGAAGAUAAUAUAAGCUUCACUGAGGCAAUUCAAUGGAUCAGUGCAGAAUUUGAGAAUCUGAUCUUUCCUUAUGUAAUAAGAGGUCUUGCAACAAUGAUGCUUGAACCUCAACAGGUUUUUACCUUUGAAAGAAAUUGGAAAUUCCUAGCUGGACAAAUGGCUGUCGAAAAUAGCCACCUGCCUCGAGACGAUCCCUUGUUUGGGGUCGGAGUUGACCUACUUAUGGGGAGGAGUCAAUAUGCUUGCCCUGAUGUGCAAGCUGGCCUUUCUUUCAGGGUUUUAGAUUCGUGCAGAUACAUAGGGAUAUCUGCAUUGAUAAAAACCAAGUUAUCCUUCUCCCCAAAGGAAGACUUCUUAGACAUAGCACAGAAGCCAGAGGAAGCUUUUAAUGAAUUUAUAUCGCGUCUGAUGCAUUUUUUAAAGACGAGAGUCAAGGAUAUAACUUUGACAAUGAUAAUUUUGGAGCAAUUAGCAAGAAGCCAUGCUAAUUCUGCUUGCCAGAGGCUCCUGGAAACCAUUCCAGAGACUUCUACUGUCCUGGAGAUGGUCCAGACCUGUGCAGUUCUAAACACCUGUGAUUCUAUGGUGAUGACCCCAACGGCUGCUUCACAGCCGGCAGAAAAGAGGCAGAAUGAUGGACAUGAGACACAGGCAGAUAUUCAGCCUAGUGGAGAACAGGAAAAGGAGGCACAGAAAGUGACUCCCUUGUUUUUCUGCGCACAAGGUGUGGGUUCAGACCAUACUGCAGAAACUUGCAAAGCAGUGGGUCAUGCUGAGCCCACGCCAAGCUCGAAAACUCGGAGGCGAAGAAAAAGACGAAGACGUCAGGGGGACGAAACAGUUUCCCAAGCUCUAGAACAAGAGCAAAAUUCUCUGGCUGGUGUACAGCCAUCAUCUCAAGUGUAGGAAGUGUUGAUGUUGCCACAUAGCUAUGUUCUCUAUCCUCAGGUUCUGGGAUCUUUGCCAUGGAGGUGGCCGCUGAAAGUCUGCUGAGCUGCCUCAGGUGCAUUGGACUGAUCCUGUUUGAUCCUGAAACCUUGUGCACCCUGUGCCACCCUAGUGCCACCCAUCACAGAAGCCUCUUCGAGAUCUGAUUGACAUGGACACGAACUGGCAUCUUCUCUUUUCCUAUAUGGCCUCCAUAGAGACUUUGGAUCCUGUGGAGCUGCUGGACAAGGAUUGACUGAAGCAGUGUGAUGCUGAGAUCCAACGGACUGUUAAUCAUGGACUCAGAGGAAUUGUUUGCUACGGCUCAGUUUUAUGUAUGGUAGCCAUUGUGACCUCUGUGGGGAAAGGGCAUGUUGUUUGGGGGUUGUGGUUUUGGGACAGAACUUUUGGGGUUCAGAAUUUUCAAUUGAGUGGUUAAAUUUUUCUUGGAAUGCUCCUGCCUUUUGCACCGUAUAUUCCCUUGUAUCUUAUAAAAAUUUAAAAAUAUGAGGGUGUUGGUUGAAUUAUGUUAGACUAUGCUCGAGAUAUUUUGAGCAGGUUAUUGCAAGGGGUUCAGGGUGAAAUCCUGGGUAGCAAAGGCAGAAUCAGACCAACAUGUAGCCCUCACACCGUCACCUAAAUGAAGGUCGGUGAACUUUAUACAGGUUUUUUUUUCUUUCUUUUUUCCUGUCAUAGAAUUGUUCAUUUUUCUUUUUUUGUUUUCUUUUUAAUAUACUUAAAAGGGUGAGAUGUUGCCAUGAAUUUUCCUGGUUUGCUAAGCGUUCAUAUUAAAGGAGAAACGUGCAGUUUCUCACGCUGGUGAA